AUGCCAUCAAACGAACACCUCGUCUCCCUCGCGCGUCGCUUCCGCGUCCUCAUAGCAGGCGCCUCCUACAGCGGCCUCAGCGCAGCCCUCACCCUCCUCGAUCUUUCCCGCGGCCAACCCUCCCGCUUCAACUACGACACGGAGAUCAAACCACCACAGCACCACAUCCCAGUAGACAUUACGCUUGUAGACGAGAAAGACGGAUUCUACCAUCUAAUCGGAUCGCCACGAGCACUGGUCGAUGAGCAAUUCGCCUCUGACACGUGGACGCGUUUCGCCGAUAUCAAGGCUCUCCAGUGCCCGCAUGUGCGUUUUAUUCGGGGAAGUGUUAGCGCUGUCGACUGCAAGAGCAAAACGGCUACGAUACUGGACUCGGUGAGCCAGACGAUCAGGGAGGAAGGGUACGACUUUUUCAUCGCGGGGACGGGGCUCCGGAGGGUAUUCCCCACCGUCCCGCAGAGUCGGACGCGGGAAAAGUUCCUGGCGGAGGUGAGAGAGUUUACUGCCGAUGUGGUGAAUGCUCGCCAGGGGGUAGUGGUUGUUGGUGGAGGCGCCGUGGGAACGGAAAUGGCGACGGAAAUCAAGUUGCUCUAUCCCCAGCUGCAUGUCACGCUGAUACAUUCUCGGGAGCGCCUUCUGUCCGCUGAGCCUUUGCCGGACGACUUCAAGGGCCGUGUUGGGGAGGUCAUCCGGAAGACGGGCGUCGAGCUCAUCCUGGGGCAGCGCGUUGUUGAUACUACCGCGAUGGAGGAGAAGACGGGACGAGUGUGGACGCUGACGCUGGCGGAUGGUCGUGCCAUUAAAGCCGGUCAUGUCCUCAGUGCCGUGUCGCGCUGCACACCUACUUCGUCAUAUCUGCCCCCUCAGGCCUUGGAUGAGGAGGGUCAUGUUAGGAUUCAGCCCUCGUUGCAAUUCCCAUCGACUGUCGCCAAUGCCAACUACCACUUUGCCGUCGGCGACCUGGCUGCGUGGUCCGGUAUCAAGCGCUGCGGUGCGGCGAUGCACAUGGGCCACUACGCGGGAUACAAUAUCCACCAGUUGAUGUUGGCCGAGUGCAUCGCUUCUAAGCCUGUCUUCCAGGAAUUGCAGGAGAUUCCCCCAAUGAUCGGGCUGUGUCUGGGUAAGACGGCUGUCUCGUAUCACCCGGUGGACGGAGUCAAGGACGGUGAGGAUAUUCUGGCGUCCAUGUUCGGGGAUGAUAUGGCGUACAAAGUGUGCUGGAAUUAUAUGCGGCUGUCGGAGCCAUGGACGCCUAGCUCGUAG